AUGAUUGAAGAACAGCUUCAACCAAAUUCUGCUAAUGGUUCCGGUGCACUUGAACAUGAUGAAACUUAUCUCUAUUGUCGAGAUGCAUCUUUAAGUUCAUUUAAUAUUAUAAAUUAUCUCUUUCGUUCAUCAUCAACAACAGAUAAUAAUUCUAGUAAUGCUUAUUAUUCUUCUCCAGCUGAAUUAAAUAUUCCGGAUCCAUUACCAUUAGAUGUUGCUAUUAUUGAUGCAUCAAUUCUUCUUUAUGGUACAAUGUUUGUUCGUGUACCAAAUAAACAUCGUUUAAAUAUGUUACAACAUUUUAUUGAUAUUAUUAAACAAUCAAAAGCAUUAAAAACAUUAGCUGAAACGAAACAAUCAUCAUCAAUCGAUGAUGAAAAUGUCAAAAACUCUGCAUGUACAGUUGUUAUGCAAACAUUAAGUCAUCAAAAUCCGAUUUUACGUUGUGCAGCUGGUGAAGCUCUUGGUCGUUUAACACAAGUUGUUGAUGAUGGACGUUUUGUUGCUGAUAUAGUACAAAUAUGUUUGGAUCGUUUGAAAGACUUUUGUAAUGUUUCAUCUCGUACAGGUUAUUCAUUGGCACUUGGAUAUCAAUCAGCAUCAAUUGUUCAAGUAUGGGCAUUAAAUGCUUUAGGAUUAAUUGCUGAUUGUAGUGGACAAAUGCUUCGUUCAUAUAUUGAAUCAUGUUUAGCAUUGAUUUUAUAUUUUCUUUCAAUUUCACCAUCACAAUCAAAUGUGUUUCAAUGUUGUGAACGUUUACUUGAUGCUUUAAUUAUAAAAAUUAGUCCUGAACUUCAAACAAAUACAAAUUAUGCAUUAUCAAUUGAUAAAUCAUCUGUCGAAUAUCAACAUGCACAAUGGGAUGCUUUAAGAAACAAAAUUAAUCGACUUGUUAGUGAAACAAAUGAGUCCAGCAUAUGCUCGAACAUCGAAGAAUUAUUCAAAGAGAACAUCGUUCGUGGUAGUAGUCUGUUUGCUCGAAGUGUUAUACAAACACAAGCAGCAUUACCUGGUCGUACAUCUGUCUAUGCUGCAUUAGUGUUGGUUAUUAAUCUAUGGAUGGAAGCAAUUGGUGGAUUAAUCAGCAGACAAGUAAUAUCAUCGUUUCAUCGAACAUAUCAUCAAAAUGAUAAAAUCAAUUGUUUAGCAACAACAAAAUUUAUUUCUCAUUUAGUGAAUCAAAAUAUCUUACAUGAAAUAGUUGUAUUAGAAAUCUUGGUUCUUUUACGUGAAAAUUGA